CGCGGCAGCACUCGCACGCUCGCUCGGCUCUCUGCGUUCAGUCGAAAGGAGCGGUUUCGUGCGUUCGCUUAAGGCUCGAAAGGAAGGCGGAAAGGAUUGUCCGAGUGGAUGUGAUGCGGUGGAUCGCUCCUCCGCUCUAGCCGGUGGAGUUGUGGUGGAUGCGAAAACCGGUGGUGGUGGUGGUCGUGUGGUUCAUAUUUUUUUAUUUUCCCUUUUUUGGGCGAUGGCGGCGCCGAACACAGAAAUUUGACGUGGAUUUUGAACGUUUAGCAUCCGCGAUUGAUUCUGUGUGUGUUGCCCGAGGCCCUUUGAUUCGUGUGCCAUUAGAAAUCGGACACAGAUUCGUGGUUCCGUUCCGUCGGUGUCGAUCUCACAGAAGGAGUAAGCGUACAGUGAACACGGAUUCUGUUUUCCAGGUGUUUCUUGUGCAAUCAGGGUUUAAGUGCCUAGAGCGCCGAGGCCGCAUGGGAGGCGUGCGCGAGAGAUGAGCAGCGGCCUGGCGAGCGGCCCUUGCGAGACCGAGCGGCGCGCAGCCCCCCGCGCGGCCUGCGUCAGGAGCCGAGCUGCCGUGGCCGAGAUGCGGGGCGGGCGGCGAUGGCGCUGACGGGGGCGGCGGCGCCAUGAGCGAGCCGGGCGGGGGCGGGGGCGACUCGUCCUCCACCGAGCGCUCCUCCCACACCUCCUCCACCGCCCUCCUCACCGAGGCCGCGCGCCCCUCCCUGCGCUCCAGGACCACGUCGCAGGAGUCGCAGGGGUCGUCAUGGCGCACCACGCCCAUCCUGGAGGCCCUGGCGCGCCCCGCCCAGCUGGGCAGCCCCUCCCUGGCCGCCCGCAGGCUCACGCGCUGGAAGCGCAUCGCGUCCGACGACAUGGACAAGUGCAUGAUGGAGGAAGGCGAGGACGCCUCCGCCAGCACGGCCGACGGCGCCCGCGAGCCCGCGGCCGACGAUACUGACGGGACGACGGACUGCACGCCGGGCGACAGCGCCGACAGCGCCAAGGGCGGCGUCGGCAAGAGCCAGGGCUCGGGCGUGCCCCCCCUUUCGGAGUGCGGGGGCAACGCCGCCCACGUCCUCCUGCCGCUCUCGGAGGCCAACAGGGUGCGGGUUGAGUACUACGUCAACGAGAACACCUUCAAGGAGAGACUUCACCUUUUCUGUGUAAAGAGCCAACAGUCAAGCCUACGCGUCCGAAUUUUCACUUUACUGGUCAAGUUAUUAACAUGUGUUUUCUACAUCAUACGGGUUUGCAUUGAUGACAAACCCAUCCAUGCCUCUUGCUACGGGUGUCAAAACGAAAACAAGGACAUUAAUUACUACCUAGAAUACGGGAACAAGACAGAUGAGCAGUUCCAGGAGGCGCCCAUCAUCAACUGGCGGGCGGUGUGGUGGGUGAACAGACCGACGUGGCUGUGGAUCCUGCAGCUGGCGGGCGCCGUCAUCUCGCUGUCCGAGGCGCUCCUGCUCGCCUAUCUCAACUAUAAGGGAAACAUAUGGCAGACAUUAAGAUCGUUUUAUUUUCUUCUCGAGUUGGUCAAUACUGUACCUUUUAUUCUAACACUAUGUUGGCCUCCGCUAAGAAAUCUCUUCGUCCCCGUGUUCCUCAACUGCUGGCUGGCCAAACAUGCUCUCGAAAAUAUGUUCAACGAUUUGCACCGCGCUAUGCAACGCUCUCAAUCAGCUCUCAGUCAGCAGCUUAUGAUACUCUCUGCAACCUUCAUGUGUCUCGUCUUUACCAGCGUGUGCGGGAUCCAGCACUUCCAGCGCGCCGGCCACCGCCACCUGAACCUCUUUCAAGCCGUGUACUACGUCAUCGUCACCUUUUCGACGGUGGGCUACGGCGACUUCGUGCCCGACAUCUGGCCGUCACAGCUGUUCAUGGUCAUCAUGAUCUGCGUCGCCCUCAUCGUCCUCCCAACGCAGUUCGAGCAGCUCGCCUUCACGUGGAUGGAGAGGAAGAAGCUGGGGGGGACGUACUCCGCCCACCGCGCGCAGAACGAGCGCCACGUGGUCGUCUGCUCCACCAAUCUACAAGCUGAUACCAUCAUGGACUUCCUCAAUGAGUUCUACGCCCAUCCACAUCUGCAGGAUUACUUCGUGGUGCUACUCUCUCCCAUGGAGUUGGACCCGACUAUGAAGAUGAUCCUUCAGGUGCCGAUGUGGGCGCAGCGGGUUAUCUACAUCCAGGGGUCGUGCCUCAAGGACGGGGACCUGACGCGGGCGAGGAUGAGCGAGGCGGAGGCGUGCUUCAUCCUGGCGGCGAGACACUACGCGGACAAGACGGCGGCGGACGAGCACACCAUCCUGCGGUCGUGGGCGGUGAAGGACUUCGCUCCCAACGUCCCUCAGUACGUGCAGAUCUUCCGGCCGGAGAACAAACUGCACGUGAAAUUUGCGGAGCACGUGGUUUGCGAGGACGAGUUCAAAUACGCCCUCCUCGCGAACAACUGCAUGAGCCCGGGUAUCUCCACCUUAGUCACGUUACUGCUACACACCUCCAGAGGACAGGAGGGCCAGGCGUCGCAGGAGGACUGGCACCGCCUCUACGGGAAGUGCUCGGGCAAUGAAAUCUAUCACAUUAAGUUAGGGGAUUCGCGCUUCUUUGGAGAGUACGAAGGGAAGAGCUUCACUUAUGCGAGCUUUCAUUCGCAUAGAAAAUAUGGCGUUGCCUUGGUCGGGGUCCGGCCUGCCGAGUUACCCGAGUUCUACGAGGACACGAUCUUGCUGAACCCUGGUCCUCGACACAUCAUGAAGAAGACAGACAUUUGCUUCUACAUGAGCAUCACCAAAGAAGAGAAUAGUGCCUUUGUUGUGGGAACAGGUGCAAGCAGCAGCAGCAGUCAGGAGGGCAGAGCGGAGGCGGAGGACCCUGCCACCAAGGACCCGGAGAAGGGCAUGAAGCUGAGCGAGCGCGAGGAGCGACCCAAGCCGAGAUCAGGCCGAAGGUGUGUCCUGCUCAAGCUGCGACGCAACGUUUCUGUCAACGAGCUGCAGAAGAAGCUGGAGGAGGAGGUGGACCGCAGGAGAGAGAGGUGGGAGGAGGAGCAGGGGAAGCACCUGUCGGGGGAGGAGGCGCUCAUGUCCUCCACCAGGAGGAACCUCAUCCAGCAGGAGGGAGAGGCCUCGACCGACCUGCGCAAGGGUCACCCCCGCCACAAGCUAGAGAGAGAAGAUACCACAAAGUCUAACAGUCCGUCCCUCAGUGGGGGCAAUUUCCUGGAUGUCCCUCGUUCAGAUACUCUGGGUAACGUGUCUGAUAAAAGGCCAGAGACGCGGCGGCCGUCCAUCCUGCCGGUGCCGGACAUGUUCACGGGGUCGACCUUGAACAUCGCCGGCCAAGAGCGAGGCAGCGACGAGGCCUCGGGGGAGAGCGAGGACGAGCUGGAUGACGUUCCGUGGAGGUCGCCCUCGGAGAUGAUCGCGAUCGUGAAGGGGUUUCCGCCAGUGUCCCCAUACAUUGGGGUAAGCCCGACCCUCUGUUACCUUUUGAAGGAGAAAAAACCACUCUGCUGCCUACAGUUAGCCCAGGUGUGUGAGCACUGCAGCUACAGAAGUGCCAAGGAAUACAACUGGCAAAACCGCGCUGUGAUCCUAGCUGCUGAUUACGCUAGCAAUGGCAUCUACAACUUCCUCAUUCCUCUUAGAGCUCAUUUCCGACCAAAGACUUCGCUAAACCCAAUUAUCCUGCUGUUGGAACGCAGACCCGACGUGGCCUUCCUCGACGCCAUCUCGUGGUUCCCUCUUAUCUACUGGAUGCUCGGCUCAAUCGAUUGUCUGGACGACCUCCUCCGUGCAGGGAUCAAUUUGGCCGAAAACGUUGUUGUGGUGAACAAGGAACUGAACAACUCAGCCGAGGAAGACACUCUCUCGGAUUGUAAUACUAUUGUUGCCGUCCAGACCAUGUUCAAGUUUUUCCCGAACAUCAAGAUCAUCACAGAACUGUCUCAGUCAUCGAACAUGCGCUUCAUGCAGUUUAGGGCUCGGGAUGCAUAUGCCCUCCACCUGUCUAAGAUGGAAAAGGUACAGCUCUCUCCACAUGACCAUAUUGCUGGACCCGAACGGAUUAAAGAAUCAUUGUCACCGGGUAACCUCUACACUGUAGGGCAGGGCGGCCGGCGUGAUUCCCGCCGCGCGCGGUCCCGCUCGUUCCGGCGGCGGCCCGCGGCCCGGCGACCCAUUUACUACUCCGAAGUCAUUAAUCAGCUGGAGCGGCGGGAGAAGGAACGGGGCUCGCACAUCUCCUAUAUGUUUCGGCUGCCUUUCGCCGCAGGAAGUGUGUUCUCAGCCAGCAUGCUUGACACGCUGCUGUAUCAGGCGUUCGUGAAGGACUACCUCAUCACCUUCGUUCGCCUGCUGCUUGGGGUGGACCAGGCGCCGGGCUCUGGCUUCCUCACCUCGAUGAAGAUCGGCAAACAGGACCUAUGGAUCCGAACGUACGGCCGCCUGUACCAGAAGCUCUGUUCCACCACGUGCGAGAUCCCAAUAGGCAUCUACAGAACUAUAGACACGAGCAACAUGGAGCCGGGGAAUAAUGUAUGUUCAUAGGAGUGGUCCAGCUCUAUUAUCUCUUUUUUCCGUUCUUGCUCUGGUACUGUUUAUUGUGUGGAGUGGGCAUCGCCAUGGUUCUCUGUCUGGACUGAGGGGGUGAGACUGAGAGGGAGAGACAGGGGUGUGCGGAGGUUAGGUCAGCUGAUAUAGGCAGAUAGAUAGAUAGACAGAUACAUAGAUUGAUUGACUGAUUGACAGAUGGAUAGAUAUAU